GUUGAUGCGAUGAAAACCAAAGAAGACUUUGGCAUGGCGGCAGCGGGGUGUGUUGUUGAAAGUUAGUGGAAGAACUUCUGAAAGUUUCGUCAGAUUUUCCUUUACAGAAGAAGGUCCUAUCGCAUGUGUGAGCUGUCAGGACGCGUCGACUGCAGUCUAGCUAAGAUGGACCUGCAGAAACCCUGGGACAGCGAGCCAGACGACAGACUUUCAGGCGGGAUUGUGAUCAACAUGAUGAGCUCCAUGCAGAAGACGGUGGAGGGGGUGAGGUCGAUGCUUGGAACAGCGGCAACUAACCUCCUGGGAAACUUCCAGACGAACGCAGAGCUGGUGCAGACGGUGAACUCCAUCAUCGAGCAGUUUGUGCUGAAGAGUCUGGAGAUCGACUGCCGACUGGUGCCAGAGGAGGAGGCAGUUCGGCUGGAGGUUUGUCUGUACAGUACUACAUUGUAGUAGUCAGUUCCAGAA